ACCUUUGCUGUCUCUUGGGCGGAGAAAAGGAGAAAUGGCUCUGUAUAGAAGAGGAGGUGGAAGGUGUUGCGCUGUGUCAGGGUGCACUAAUAACCAGAGGAAACUCAGCAUCUGGCGGCGGGACAUUUGUGAGCUCCAUUCCCCUUUGCAACACAAUGCGUGCUCGUGUCUUGAGCCUUUCUCUUUUUAUUAUUUCCCCCGUGAUAAGGAGAAGCAGCAGGCAUGGUUGGAAGCAAUCGGCAGAAAAGACUUUCUGCCAGGCAAGGGGACAGUCGUUUGCUCGAUGCACUUUGUAAAGGGCUCGCCAACCGCCGAGCAUCCAGUGCCAGUGCUAAACAUGGGGUCCUCCGAAAACGAAGACCUGACGGAAAGCAAGAGUGGUGGGGAUGAGAGACCGGCUAGGAAAAGAGUUUACAAGGCACUGCUGGAGGACACGGGCGGCGGCCCCCCCACGGGGUCUGCAAAGAAACUUGAAAUAGACGGGCGAUACCCCCAAGGCUCCUGGGAGCAGGCCACUGUUGAAGCCAUCAUGCAGUUACGCAACUUCGAUAGCCCCAGCAGCUCCCUUGUGGCGCAGACGACCAUCGCGAACCUGAAGGAUGAAAACGAUUUCCUCCGUGCUCAAAACAGCAGUCUUAAGGCGGAGCUGAAGUCAACCCAAGAGGGACUGGAGGCGGAAGUGAGAGCAGUCAAGGAGGAGCUGGAGACGGUUAAAGGGGCUUGCCGGUGCAGGGUUGAAUCCAGGACAGCGAAGCCCGCUACGGCGGAAGCUGUGCCGGAGCUAGAAGGUGUAACUGUAACUGUAACUAAAGACGAGUUGGAUGGUAUCGCUGUCUCAAACGAGGAGGAGGUCCCUGCUAGAGGAGAUACUGCUGCGUGCAUCCCUCUUGAAAUUGGCACUGUAAUCCUAACUCGGACACUCUAAAAUUCUGCUUUGUUUUAUUGUGUAAUUAUUUGUUACGGAUUUUUAUUUUGCAGUCGGACGGAGCAUCUAGACAACCGUAGCAGUAUACUAUAUACUGAGUUUCUGGAGUUCUCAACUGUAUUUCCUCUAUGUCUUAAUGCCAUAUUUACAGAAGGUUCCCCAAUUAACUUUUGGUUUAGGAAGAGGUAUGUUAGACACUGGAAAUGUGUACGGAUCACGGAGAAAUCUGCCACGGUGUCUUUAAGGAUUUUUCAUCGUGUGUGUGUGUGUUUUUUUUCCAGGACUUAAAAUGGUAUGAAUCAUACCUCAGUGAUAUAUUUGUGGAUAUGAUUACCAUAAUCACCUUUGUUUUACAGUUACGAUCUAUUUAUUUUAAGCUUCUCUGCCAAGGAGAAGUCUUUAAUUUUUUUUUGUUUUG